UACGAAAAAGCUAUUCCCGCCGGCGCCUCACCGCGCGCGGAGCAAAACUCCUCCCAUAAACCUCCUCUCGCCCGCCAACCCUCCUUCCGGUCUCCCCUCGUCCCCCCACCUCAACUCGCGCCUCCCUCCUCCCCCAUUCCUCUCCCUCCGAUGGCGAUGCGGCCGCCAUCCUCCGGCUCCUUCUUCGGCGGCCUGCGGGCCCGGGAGCUCAGCGGCGGCGGAGGCUCCUCCGCCCGCGCCUCCGCGGCGCGGCUGCACUACCUCUCCGACCUCGCCUCCGACCCCGGCGGCCGCGGCUGCGGCGUCAUCUCCGUCGACCACGACGGCGACGCCGCCAUCCCUUUCGCCGUCUCCUUCUGCAAGGCGGCGCUAGUCUCCCGCCUCCUGGCCGUCGCCGACGAGGACGGGUACGUUAGCCUCUACGACACCCGCCGGCGCCUCCCCUCCAGAUCCUCGUCCCUAGACAAGUCAGCUGAAACGAGGCUGUCCGAUUGGGUCGCCCACAACAAUGCAAUCUUCGAUGUGUGCUGGAUCAAGGAAGGAUCGCAAUUGCUGACUGCAUCGGGCGACCAAACUGUAAAGAUAUGGAGCUUAGAAAAUAAGAAAUGCCUUGGCGUGCUGUCAGGGCACACCGGCAGUGUGAAGUCACUGUCAUGUCAUUCUUCCAAUCCCGAGCUUAUUGUUUCUGGUUCAAGGGAUGGCUCGUUUGCUCUCUGGGAUCUAAGAUGUGACCCCAAAGCUCCUAAUAGUCAUGGUGAAGCAUGCCUCAGGUCUUCCGCUGUUGUCAAAGAAGCGCAUAGUCCUGUGCGGAAGAGUCGGACGAGGUCUCGAGCAAAGGGAGCUUCAACCAGCAUCACAUCAGUUCUUUAUCUGAAAGAUGAUAUCUCCAUUGCCACUUCUGGUGCUGCAGACAACGUUGUAAAACUUUGGGAUACACGGAACCUUAAAGCGCCCGUUUCCAACAAAACAUCUCAAUCAACAGCACAACCUUCGAAGGAGGGGGUGACACAUGGAAUCUCUUGCUUGUCUCAAGACUCAUAUGGUGCGUACAUAGCUGCGUCAUGCAUGGAUAACAGGAUCUAUCUGUAUAGUGCUCUCCAUAUGGACAAGGGUCCAAUAAAGUGUUACACCGGCAGCAAAAUUGAGUCUUUCUUUGUCAAGUCUGCCAUUAGUCCAGAUGGGACUCAUAUUCUAGGUGGUUCGAGUGAUGGUAACAUAUACUUGUGGCAGGUGGAUCAACCUGAACUUGGCCCUAUAGUUCUAAAAGGCCAUGAGGGUGAAGCUACUUCAGUUGACUGGUGUGCUUUAGAGGUUGGAAAGAUAGUAUCAUCAUCUGAUGACACCACGGUUCGGGUAUGGAAUACCAAGAAAAUAGACUGCACCAACAUAAGCUCCCCGACAGUUAUCCGUAAGAGGGUAACCGCCCCAAAAAUUGAGUGCCCAAGAUCGGCUAGCCAUGAGCAAGCUACUACUUCAAGAGAUGUAGCAGCCUGCAACAGUGCAGGCGGUGAAUUUCCAACCAGUUCACAUUCCCCCCUCCGCCCUAGGGUGUUGGAGUUUGGCACACCUGAGUCUGCAAAAAAGAGAGCCUAUUCUUUGUUCCAGGAGGAGGCCUUGGAGACUAGGAAUAGCCCAGGUGGUCAAACAGACAGUCCCUCUUCAGUCCUAAAUCCACCCCCUUCGCUCAAGAGGAAAACAAUUCGGGACUAUUUUGCCAGUAGCACAUCUUGAAUUUGACACUCUGGCAAAUAGAACGUAUUAUUGAUUCUUAGCUGCUCCAAGGAGCUUUCUUAACUUAUGGCCGAGUGUUGAGCCUUGUUAAGACCUGCAACUUUUGCAAAAUCCCUCUGUGGAGCUGAUGUGGUUAUAUACUCAUGUUUGAUCUGAUGAAGUGUUGCUGUACAUGAUAUUAUUGUUGAAACCAUAUGCUUUCCUCUUUCUAUUGUUUCCUCAUUAGUCUGAAAAAGAUCAAAACCAUAGGUUUUGAUUUUUGAGGAAACCUUGUCAGUCAUUAGUCUAACAAAAUUAAACCUUGUUAGUAGAUUUUUCUAGUGUAUUAUUAGUAAAUAAUGAUUUAUCUGUCAAAAGAUGAUGAUGUUGACAGUUGUCACUUGUAUCAUGAGAGUUCCGGCUUUGCUGCUUUCGUGAUCUGCCAUGUUGGACAAUUGCAUACUCCUGUAAUCCUGUUUGUCCUUUGAGCUGCCAAAGAUUGGUCAGCUUAUCAAAUGGUCCAAGGACCAUGGUCAAUAAUGGAGAGUAUUUAGCAUAAUCAAA